CGCAGGCAAUUUGUCAGACAGAAAGUAGAACGGCACGGAUCGGCUCGGUUUGGUUGGUCGUCCUAAAGCUGCUUUUGGUGUUGUGCUGUGCUGGUGCUGGUGCUGCUGCUGGGUGCUAGGGAGCGACAUCUCUAGCUGGGAGUAGCAUAAGUGGGUGAUUUCGGGACACCUCGUAGUGUCGAGAUCGUGGAUUUUCCGUGAACGCCCCCAAUCAUCACAUCGGUUGAAUCUUUUUUGGUGUUGGUUUUGGUGAAGAACUUUUCUGCUUCAAGGACUACGACGACGACGAGCGAAAAAUCCGUAGCGUAGCAAAAUGCUAGCCAGACAAGUUAUCCUUAACGGGGCCACCAAUGCGCUGAAAACUAUUUCAGCGGCUGGUGCUGGUGCCGCAACGUCCUCGCCGAAAAAAACCUUGCUGAAGGCAGUUACGGCUGCAACGGCCACCCAAACCCGUGAAUACCAUGAGGUUACCGGUGAUAUCAUCUCGCCGUCGAUGGUGAUGGGCAUCGAUCAUUUGCGUGAUCCGCGCCUGAACAAAGGUCUAGCCUUCACGCUAGAAGAACGGCAGAUCCUGGGCAUCCACGGGCUGCAGCCGGCCCGAUUCAAGACCCAAGAGGAGCAGCUAGAGCUGUGUCGAAUUUCGAUCUCUCGCUACCAGGAAGAUCUCAACAAGUACCUGUACCUGGUGGAUCUUCAGGAUCGCAAUGAAAAGUUAUUCUUCCGACUGAUCUCCGAGGAUGUCGAGAAGAUGAUGCCAAUUGUGUACACCCCAACAGUGGGUCUGGCCUGCCAGAAGUUUGGACUGAUCUACCGUCGGCCCCGUGGCUUGUUCGUGACGAUCAACGAUCGUGGAUAUGUAUAUGAGGUGCUGCGGAAUUGGCCAGAGUCAGAUGUGCGAGCCAUUGUCGUUACUGAUGGUGAGCGUAUCCUGGGUCUCGGAGAUCUAGGUGCCUGCGGGAUGGGAAUUCCCGUCGGUAAGCUUGCCCUCUACACUGCCCUGGCUGGAAUUCCGCCACAUCAAUGUCUACCGAUCGUUAUCGACGUCGGAACAAACAACCAGGCUCUGCUGGAAGAUCCACUGUACGUGGGGCUGCGACAUAAGCGAGUUACCGGCAAGGAGUACGACGACUUCAUUGACGAGUUCAUGGAAGCGGUAGUCAAGCGGUAUGGCCAGAAUACGCUCAUCCAAUUCGAGGACUUUGGUAAUCAUAAUGCGUUCCGUUUCUUGGACAAAUAUCGGGAUACGUAUUGCACCUUCAACGAUGACAUCCAGGGUACGGCUUCGGUGGCAGUAGCCGGACUACUCGCCUCCAAGCGAAUUACUGGCAAAAAGAUCUCGGAGAAUACGUUCCUAUUCUUGGGAGCCGGAGAAGCUGCUAUUGGUAUUGCUGAUCUGGUGGUACGGGCUAUGCAGAACGAGGGUUGUUCUCUGCAGGAAGCCCGCGACAAGAUCUGGCUGUUUGAUAUCGAUGGUUUACUGGCCAAAGGUCGUCCAGAAGGAAGACUCGGAGGUCACAAGGCAUUCUACGCCAAGGAUCACAAAGUGAUGAAAAACUUCGCCGAAGUUGUCCACGAAGUGAAACCAACGGUCCUGAUCGGAGCUUCGGCCGCCGGUGGUGCUUUCACGCCGGAAAUCUUGCAGGCCAUGGGCAAAAAUAACGAGCGUCCGAUUAUUUUCGCUCUUUCGAAUCCUACAUCCAAGGCCGAGUGUACGGCUCAAGCUGCAUUCGACAACACAGAGGGGCGCUGCAUAUUCGCGUCGGGUUCGCCGUUCCCGCCAGUUCAGUACGGUGGCAAGACCUACUGCACCGGUCAGGGAAAUAACGCCUACAUCUUCCCCGGCAUCGCUCUCGGAGUCAUCGUAACUGGAACGCACCAUAUCCCGGAAGAUAUGUUCCUCAUCGCUGCUCAGGCUGUGGCCGAUCACGUUUCACAGGAAGAUCUGGACAAGGGUUCUCUGUACCCGCCGCUCGGAGCCAUCCAGGAUUGUUCCCUCGAGAUUGCCGUCGGGGUUACCAAAUACGCUUACGAGAAAGGAUUGGCCUCAACUUACCCUGAACCCCAGGAUAAGAUAAGCUACAUCAAGUCUCAUUUGUACAACUUCAAUUAUGAGAGCGCAAUGCCCAUCACCUGGAAAUGGCCGCCACAACUUGACGUCAAGGAUGGCGAGAUCGUGCCCACUAAGUUGCAAGCCUAGAAACUUUACCACUCUGGUUCUCACUAAAUUAUCCAGUAUUUAGCCGUACUUUUGCUCAGCACUCAUUUUCCUCCAUCUCAUGUUCUGUUCCACUGGUUAAGCACAAAAAGUGGCCUCACAGUCCCAUUGGCAUUUUAGUUGUUCAUUUAGGUAUUUUAAAUUACUCGAACCCAUACUAAACGAACAGAACGUUCGAUCAAACCUUUUUAAAAAAAAAAUAAACUUGGUUUAUGAUUUCCUUUAAUUUGUGAUAUCAGUGUCCUGUGUCUAGUAAUGAUUUUAAUUUCGAUGCACCACUGGUGGGUCUGCCAAACCCGUUUUCGAUUUUCAUCGUAAAAAAAAACGAAAGUGUGUCAAAAAUAUAUCACUUGGUAAAUACCUUGCGAUGCAGUUUUUUUUAUCUCAGACACAAAUAAAUCAAUGAUUUGCUUGAACAACAUCGAUUAUCUUGGUACACUAGAGUUAACAGCUCCUUGAACCAGAUCCGUUAGCACAGCAGUAGUUGUAAAAGCAAGAUACAAAUUAAACAAGUAAUAAUUUAUUAUUUUAGAAUCUAAUCAACCCAUCGUAAUGUUCCUUGUGAAUAUCGGUUUGUUCUCCAUCAUGCGAGUUAAGAAAAAUUAAUUUAGAAAUUACUACCAUCCAUCUUUAAGAAGCCAAUGUAACCGCAAUUCGAUCAUCAAUGUUAUGAGAAUACACUGUGACUGUUUGUUGAGACGA